AUGUCAACUGUGAAGUUUGAACUGGAUUAUCUUUCUCCUGAAGGCUUCAGACAUGAGCAUGCUUCCAACCCAGAAUUUACUUUAACCUGUUUGACUGAACUCUCUGAGGAUUCUAGUCAAUUCGAACUUCAACACUCCAAUUCUGUCCCCACUGGCUUGCGAAAGUUGUGCUCAUCUCAUUGUGAGCUUGAGAAGAGUGUGUGGGCUGCCAAAGGCAAACACAGUGAAGGUAUGAAUAUAAGCAAGAGUGAGAUAACAAAAGAAACUUCGUUAAAACCGUCCCGGAGAUCCCUGCCUUGCCUUGCCCAGAGCUAUGCCUACUCAAAGAGUUUGAGCCAAUCCACCUCUCUCUUCCAGUCAACGGAGAGUGAAUCUCAGGCUCCCACUUCUGUGACCUUAAUCUCCGCUGACAAAGCAGAGCAAGUUAAUGCUGAGGAGGAUAAUAAAGACUCUGUGCUCAAAUGCUCUUUCGCUGACCUCAGUGACUUUUGCUUGGCCCUAGGAAAAGAUAAGGAUUACAUGGAUGAAUCAGAACAUGCUAAUUAUGACCGAUCUCGGCUUAUUAAAGACUCUGUUCCCAAAGAUAAUUCUGAAUCCAAGGCAAAAUUGUCUAAGAAUGACAUGAAUUACAUAGCAUCCAGUGGACUUCUAUUCAAAGAUGGCAAAAAACGGAUUGAUUACAUCCUGGUGUAUAGAAAGUCAAAUAUACAAUAUGACAAAAGAAACACAUUUGAAAAGAACCUCAGAGCCGAAGGCCUGAUGUUGGAAAAGGAGCCAGCUGUUGCAAACCCUGAUAUCAUGUUUAUUAAAAUUCAUAUUCCAUGGGACACGCUGUGCAAGUAUGCAGAGAGGCUGAAUAUCAGGAUGCCCUUCAGGAAAAAAUGCUAUUACACUGACCGGAGCAGCAAAUCAAUGGGCAGUGUGCAAAAUUAUUUUAGAAGGAUAAAAAAAUGGAUGUCCCAAAACCCAAUGGUUCUCGACAAGUCAGCUUUUCCACACCUGGAGGAAUCAGACUGCUAUACAGGCCCCUUCAGCCGUGCACGGAUUCACCACUUCAUAAUAAACAAUAAGGACACAUUCUUCAGUAAUGCUACUCGAAGCAGGAUAGUCUAUCACAUGCUACAGCACACCAAAUAUGAAAAUGGAAUAUCAAAAGUGGGUAUCUGUAAACUUAUAAAUAAUGGCUCAUAUAUAGCAGCUUUUCCUCCACAUGAGGGAGCCUACAAGAGUAGCCAACCCAUCAAAACGCAUGGACCUCAGAAUAAUAGGCAUCUAUUAUAUGAGCGCUGGGCACGCUGGGGAAUGUGGUAUAAGCAUCAGCCCUUGGAUUUAAUCAGGCUAUACUUUGGUGAGAAGAUUGGGCUGUACUUUGCUUGGCUGGGAUGGUAUACUGGAAUGCUGAUUCCUGCAGCACUUGUUGGCUUGUGUGUUUUUUUCUAUGGGAUAUUUACAAUGAAUGCAAGUCAAGUAAGCCAAGAAAUUUGCAAGGCCACUGAAGUCUUCAUGUGCCCUCUCUGUGACAAGAACUGCUCACUGCAGAGACUCAAUGAAAGCUGUAUCUAUGCCAAGGUGACAUAUUUGUUUGAUAAUGGAGGAACGGUCUUCUUUGCUAUUUUUAUGGCAAUAUGGGCCACAGUCUUCUUGGAAUUUUGGAAAAGGAGAAGAAGUACACUGACCUAUACUUGGGACCUUAUUGAAUGGGAAGAAGAGGAGGAAACACUUCGUCCCCAGUUUGAAGCCAAGUAUUAUAAGAUGGAGAGAGUGAAUCCCAUUAGUGGGAAACCUGAGCCACAUCAGCCUUCCUCAGACAAAGUCACUCGUCUUCUUGUUUCUAUCUCAGGAAUAUUCUUCAUGAUUUCUUUGGUGAUCACUGCAGUGUUUGCUGUUGUCGUGUAUCGCCUGGUUGUCAUGGAACAGUUUGCAUCAUUCAAGUGGAAUUUCAUCAAACAACACUGGCAAUUUGCAACAUCAGCUGCUGCUGUCUGUAUCAAUUUUGUAAUCAUUAUGGCACUGAAUCUUGCUUAUGAAAAAAUUGCUUACCUUCUCACCAACUUAGAAUAUCCUCGAACAGAAUCUGAGUGGGAAAACAGCUUUGCUUUGAAGAUGUUCCUUUUCCAGUUUGUUAAUUUAAAUAGUUCUAUCUUCUAUAUUGCUUUCUUUUUGGGGAGAUUUGUAGGCCACCCAGGAAAUUACAAUAAACUUUUUAACCGGUGGAGACUGGAGGAAUGUCAUCCCAGUGGCUGUUUGAUAGACCUCUGCCUCCAGAUGGGAGUGAUCAUGUUUUUGAAGCAAAUAUGGAACAACUUCAUGGAACUAGGAUACCCGUUGAUCCAGAACUGGUGGUCACGACAUAAAAUCAAGCGAGGAGUACAAGAUGCUUCCAUACCUCAGUGGGAAAAUGAUUGGAAUCUGCAGCCCAUGAAUAUUCAUGGACUUAUGGAUGAGUAUUUAGAAAUGGUUUUGCAGUUUGGUUUUACCACCAUCUUUGUUGCGGCUUUUCCUCUGGCCCCUCUUUUGGCCUUAUUAAACAAUAUCAUUGAGAUCAGGCUGGAUGCCUACAAAUUUGUCACCCAGUGGCGGAGGCCUCUGCCGGCUCGAGCCACUGACAUAGGUAUCUGGUAUGGAAUUCUUGAAGGAAUUGGUAUAUUGGCUGUUAUCACCAAUGCGUUUGUAAUUGCUAUUACAUCUGAUUACAUCCCACGUUUUGUCUAUGAAUACAAAUAUGGCCCCUGUGCAAGUCGUUUUGAAUAUGGUGAAAAUUGUUUAAAGGGAUAUGUCAACAACAGCCUAUCCUUCUUUGACCUGAGUGAGCUUGGUGUGGGAAAAUCUGGUUAUUGCAGGUACCGGGACUACAGAGGUCCCCCGUGGAGUUCUAAACCCUAUGAGUUCACCUUACAAUACUGGCAUAUCCUCGCUGCACGAUUGGCCUUCAUUAUUGUGUUUGAGCACCUUGUUUUUGGGAUCAAGUCAUUCAUCGCAUACCUGAUUCCGGAUGUACCAAAGAACCUGUAUGACCGAAUACGACGGGAGAAGUACUUGGUCCAAGAGAUGAUGUAUGAGGCUGAACUAGAACAUUUGCAACAACAACGGAGAAAAAGUGGUCAUCCUGUUCACCAUGAAUGGCCUUAG